AUGGAAGUAUACUCAUCAUGUGAUCAUCAAGCUAAGGGACCUUCUUCUCGACGUCCUAUGGGAUAUCGAUUUCAUCCUACGAACAAGGAACUGUUGAAGUAUCUGUCAGGGUUUGUACGAAACGAACCACUUCCCGAGCAGUAUCAACUCAUGCAGCAGGUUGAUCUUUACGCUGACAAGGAGCCAUGGCAGAUUUUUGAUGAGGGCACCAACAAAAACACUCGUUACUUCAUCACACCGCAGAAGAAAGUGAAACCUGAGUGGAAAAGAUUUGCACGAACAGUGGGGAAGGGAACAUGGAAGCCACAAGGCAAAGGAAAAGAGGUGUUUGACGAUAAAGGGAGACUCAUGGGAUACUUCAAGAGCUUGAAGUACAUCCCCGCUAACAAAUCAUCGAACAAGGCCAACGGGGAGUGGUUGAUGACCGAGUACUCUCUGUACAAUGGUUAUGUGGAUGCUUCGAAAAUUAAGAAGAAGGGUUACGUAAUUUGUAAGAUCAAGAAGAAGGAAAAACCUGAAGCUAAGAAGAAAGGAAACAAGGCCAACAUAGCUAAUGAUGAGGAUAUGAGAGACGUUGAAGAAUAUAUUAGUUCCGUUCUGGAAGAAGACACUAAUGGAAUAUCGUCGAAUGAUAUAAAUGAUUACCUAGUGGGAGAUGAAGUCGGAGAGUAUAUACUUGGUUUGUUGGGUCCUGAAGACGAUGUUGAAUGCGUAGAGGGUACUGAAGUCGAAGACAACCAGCUACUUGAUCAAAAUUUGUUGGGUUAUUCUGCGGAAGAUAUCGAUCUAGAUACAAUUAAUAUCUGUAUUUAA